AUUUCAUCAUUGUCAUUAUUGCACCCAUAUGACGAUUAGGUAAGACAUGAAGAUGAGGUUAAAACACGUGUUCCUGCGUGCAGGACAACACAAACAUUAGACAAAGCAUUAAAUAAGAACACUUAUUUCACAUCUCUACUAUUUUGUGGUACUCGUGGUUGAUGGCAAACUCUAGCUAACGGUGAAGUUUAUCGCUCUUGCUUACUCUUGGUUAAAAGCUUUCCUUCUUUACCCCAUUGUUCAUCGUGUUGUAAACCAAAAACGGAAAACCAUAACUGAACACACUCUUUCCUAUACUCCUAUUAUUAUCUUUUAUCUUCAAUGGAACACCAACAUGAACAAGAGCUACUACCACCUCUAGUAGCCAUGGUUUCAAGUCCAGGAAUGGGACAUCUCAUUCCAAUGAUUGAAUUCGCAAAACGACUCACUAACCACCACAACCUCCCCGUCAUUUUCAUCAUCCCCUCCGAUGCUCCACCCUCAAAGGCUCAAACCACCGUACUCUCCUCCCUUCCACAUGGCAUUUCCCACAUCUUUCUACCUCCAGUCACCCUCUCCGACCUCCCACCCAACACCAAACCUGAACCACUCAUGACAAUCACCGUCCUCCGUUCUCUUCCUUCUCUCCAUCAAACCCUACUCUCUCUCAUGACCUCCCACCGUCUCUCCGCUCUCAUCGUCGAUCUCUUUAGUACCGACGCAAUUGACACCGCUACCGAACUCGAUAUCCCUUCGUAUAUGUUCUUCCCCACCACCGCAAAUAACUUGUCUCUUGUCUUUUAUCUUCCCCAACUCGACCAAAAGUGUCAGUCGGAGUUUAGGGAUAUCCAUGAACCGCUUAACAUCCCUGGAUGUUACGCGGUUCACGGAAAAGACUUCGCAACCCCGCUUCAGGAUAGAACCAAUGAAGCCUAUAAAUGUUUCCUCCACCACGCGAAAAGAUACAGGUUGGCUAAGGGCAUAAUAGUGAAUAGUUUUUUUGAGCUUGAACCGGAGGCUUUCAUCUUUUUACAAAAGAAUGACCCGGUGGUUUAUUCGGUUGGUCCGUUGGUGAAUCAAGACACUAUUGUUGAUGAAUCUGAAUUUAAAGUGGGUUUGAAAUGGUUGGAUGAGCAGCCACAUGAAAGUGUUCUAUUUGUUUGUUUUGGGAGCGGUGGAACCCAUACUAGUGCUCAAACGGAUGAACUUGCUUUUGGAUUGGAAAUGAGUGAACAAAGAUUUUUGUGGGUUUUGAGGUGUCCAAAUGAUAAAGUUGAGAAUGAUUCAACUUUUAUUGCUGAUAGUAAUGUUGACCCGUUUGAUUUUUUACCAAAUGGUUUUGUGGAGAGGACUAAAGGGAGAGGUUUAGUGGUUCCAUAUUGGGCACCACAAGCUCAAAUUUUGAGCCAUGUCUCAAUUGGGGGGUUUGUGUGUCAUUGUGGUUGGAACUCAAUUCUUGAGAGUAUGGUGAAUGGUGUGCCUUUGAUUGCAUGGCCACUUUAUGCAGAGCAAAAGAUGAAUGCCAUUUUGGUUAGUGAAGAGAUUAAAGUCGGUAUUAGAGUAAAUGUUGGUGAGGAUGGGUUGAUUGAAAGGGAGGAAAUUGCAAGUGUUGUGAAGAGGUUGAUGGAGGGUGAGGAUGGAAAGAAAGUUCGUAAUAAUAUGAUGGAUCUCAAAGAGGUAGGUGCUAAUGCUCUAAAGGAAAAUGGGUCUUCAACAAAAGCAAAUAUAUGAAUUGGCUCUCAAAUGGAAAUGUGUAGCAAUAUCAAAUUGAGAGGUUUCCUUUCAUUUGUUGUGCCUUUGUAAUCUUGUUUUUUUACUGUUAGAUUUGUUAUGCAAGUUUAGUUUCUUGGUUGUUACGUUAAGUUGCUUAACCAACUUAUCAUUGGACUCUACAUAUAAUGAGAUCCAUCUUUAUAUUUGAAUCAUGUAAGUUUUAUCUUGUUUAACUCUAAUGAGAAUGAGUGCCUUGUGUUGCAA